UCAAAUCAAGCUUCACCGCGACUUAUCCAGCCUGCGACCUCUGUUGACUCCUGAGACUAACCCACGCCAGCUUUAUCAACCAUCACAUCCACCUAACCCUCCACGGACCACAUCUUUUGUGCGUGUUUAUUCUAUUAAAGUGUACAACCGACCCAACAAGGCAACCAGUGAGCUACCUACCCAUCCCUGAGGCAUCCACUGAACCAAAGAUCCAACUACAUCCAACUACACCACUUCGGAUCUCCACAUACAGUUAACUACACGUUCAGCUUAGACGUUCAAACCCAGAGCCAGCGACCUACCCAAGCAUCCGACUACUACACACUUCAUCAAUAAUGGAAGCCGACCAGUCUACCACCCACCCAGCCAUAAGGCGUUUCACAUGCGAGAUCUGCGAGCGGGUAUUCACGCUUAAACAUCACUUGUCAAGGCACCAAGACUCUGCACAUGGACGACAAAGACAUCCCUGCACAUCAUGCGGGAAAGUAUUUACACGACUUGACAAUUUGACAAGACACUUUACGAAAGCACACAACAACCAAACAUCACCGACCGACACCCCAUCAGCAACCAACAGACAAACACACCAACCCACAUUAGUGACCGACACACAUACUGCCCAACCCCCAUCAGCGAGCCAAACAGCUCGUACCGCGACCAACACUACCACCUUAAAACGACAUACGAUGUAUGACGACAUAACAAACAACAAACGCGUAAAGACUAACAAUGACAGUACCAUUAAUUCACACACCACUAUUUUUCCUGUAGACGAGCUUAGGGGAGAUGCAGUAGACUUACACCCGACCACAGACAAAGCUUCACCCACAUCCCUUCUUACAGACAUUCCUGACUUUAUUAAACAUAAUCACGCCAUUAACAUGUUGCAACAGGAUUCAAAUUCCAAACCCUACACAGACAACUUCUCCUUUUUUAGAUGUUUAGCCAGACAUUUAGGAGCUUCCAUAAUAAAUCUUAGAAAGCCAACAUUAAAACUCGCGAAACAGUGGCAAGCGCACCAAGGUCUCGGGACCUUGGAUAAUUUUAGCGGGGUUAGGUUGGUCGAAAUUCCCCUCUUAGAGUCUUGUUUUAGUGUAAAUAUUGAGAUUUUUGAAUUUAACGAAAACCAGAUCCUUUCCCCGAAACUUAGAAGUAAUGAUAGGUUUAGGGAGACUGUGUAUCUUUUAUUUUUUCAAAAUCAGUUUAUGUACAUUAAUAAUAUUGGUGGGGCGGGUCACUCUUUCGCGUGUUCUGUGUGUAACAAAUUAUGGCCCACCGUUCAACAAUUGAACAGACACGUGAAAGGGUGUAAUGGGGGGAAACCCGUUGAUAGGUAUAAGGGAGGGGUUUAUCACACACAGCAAACAAUCUGGGAGUUUUUAGCGUCCUAUGGGGUAGUUGUAAAUAGUAACUUUGUUUAUCCCUUCCGAGCAACUUACGAUUUCGAAUGCUAUUUCGACCAUACCGAGUUACCCACGUUAGGUAGAGUUACAACAAGCGUAGCCAAACACGUGCCUUUGUCUUGCUCUGUCGCCUCAAACGUAGAUGGGUUCGUCGAACCCAUCUGUUUUAUUUCGACUGGUGACCCUCGAGAAUUAGUGACUAGAGUUAUUGACAGACUCCACAUAAUCGCUGAGGCAGCUUAUGGAAUUUUGAGAAAACAGUUCGAGCCUGUUUUUAAGCAAAUCAGGAAGUUAUUUCCACCUAAAGCUAGGGGUAGUGAUAAUAAGUCGAACGACAAAGGGUUUGAUAGCUUUCUUAGCGGUAGAUUAGAUGAGUAUUUGCGACAAAUGCCGGUUAUAGGGUUUAAUUCAGGAAAAUAUGAUAUAAAUCUCGUUAAGCCGUAUUUUAUUCAGUACUUUUUAGCUUAUUCAAACACAGAAGAGGGGUUAGAGGAGGGACCUAGAGCUAGUUGUAACGAUGAUGAAGACGACGUAGAAGAUAAACAAACACCGUUUAAAUAUGUAGUUAAAAGAAAUAAUAAUUUUAUGUGUAUAUCAACAAAUAAAUUAAAGUUUUUAGAUAUAGUUAAUUAUCUAGCACCAGGGUUUAGCUAUAGUAAAUACCUCGCCGCAUAUAAUGUUAAAGAGACCAAGGGAUUUUUUCCGUACGAAUAUGUCAAAAAUUUAGCCGUCUUAGAUGAAACGUCUUUACCUCCGCAUUCGGCCUUUUUUUCAUCAUUAAAAAAUUGUAACAUUUCAGACGAGGAGUACGCGAUGUGUAGCCAAAUUUGGGUAGAGAAGGGGAUGCAAACUUUUAAAGAUUAUCUUAUUUGGUAUAACAAUCUCGAUGUAAAACCGUUUAUCGAAGCGCUCGAGCAGCAAACUAAUUUUUACAAAAAUUUAGGGGUUGAUAUUUUUAAAGACGCGAUUUCUGUCCCGGGGGUAACCUUAAAAUACUUAUUCAAAACACUUCCCGAAAACGUUUCUUUUUCUUUGUGUUCCGAGCGCGAAUCAGAGUUACAUAAAACAAUCCGAAAUAAUAUCGUAGGGGGCCCCUCCAUUAUUUUUCAUAGACAUCACGAAAAGGGUGAAACGUUCAUUAGGGGGAAUAGUAAAAAGGUGGUACAGGCAAUUAAGGGGUACGAUGCGAACGCGCUUUAUUUAUGGUCUUUAAUGCAAAAAAUGCCGACGGGCUUUCCGAUUAUUAGAAAUAGUGAGGAGGGGUUUAGACCGCGUAAAACGAAUCAUUAUGGGGAACAGGCCUUUCAGUGGUUAUCGUGGGUUUCAAAAACAAAGGGGGUAACUUUAAAAACGGCAUUUAACGGGGGUGAAGUUAGCUUAGGAUCACGCCAUAUAAGAGUAGACGGGUGGGACGCGAACAGUCGAACCGUUUAUCAGUUCCAUGGCUGCCUCUUUCAUGGACACCCCGACUGCCCCUUAACCAAAGACCGAACAGUAAAUCCUAUUAGUAACAGACCCUUGACAGAGUUAUUUAAAAAGACAAACGAAAUUACGAAGUACCUUACCGAGACUGUUGACGUUAAAGUCGUAGAAAUGUGGGAAUGUGAGUGGGGGAACCAGAAAAAAAUGAACCCAACUAUUAAAGACUAUUUAAACUCUAUUGACAAAUCACAAAAAACACCGACACCGACCUAUGGUAAGAAAUGGCCCCUGACUGAAAAACAGAUCAUCGAUUCUGUUUUAGACGACUCGUGUUUUGGACUGAUAGAAUGUGACAUUAAAGUACCGGAUAGUUUAAGAGCACAUUUUAGUGAGAUGACACCUAUUUUUAAAAAUACGGACGUUACGCGGGAUGACAUCGGACCUUUUAUGAGACAAUACGCGAUCGAUAACAACUUAUUAACUAGCGGUAGACGGACUUUAAUCGGUAGCUUUACAGGGGAGAAAAUUUUAUUAGCGACCCCCCUUUUAAAGUGGUAUUUAAAUCAUGGGUUGGUGGUAACUAAAAUUUAUCAAGUCGUUGAAUAUAAUCCGGUUGCAUGUUUUAAGACAUUUGGGGAUACAGUUUCAGACGCGCGAAGAAAGGGGGACAUAGACGACAAAUACGCAAUAACUAGUGAAACAAUGAAAUUGUUAGGAAACGCGGCAUACGGUAAAACUUUGACGGAUAAAACACGACAUGCGGACAUGACCUACUGUAGUGAUAGGGAUAUAGGGGAUUGUAUUAAUAAUCCACGAUUUAAAAAAAUGACAAAACUUACCGACGCUGUUUACGAAGUAGAAACGUUAAAAAAGAAGAUAGUUUGGGAUCUCCCUCUUCAGAUAGGCUUUUUCGUUUAUCAGUACGCGAAACUUAGAAUGUUAGAAUUUUAUUAUGACUUUAUAGACAAAUAUAUAGAUAGAACCGACUUUCAGCUAUGUGAGAUGGACACGGACAGUUUAUACUUAGCCUUAAGUACCGAUGACUUGUUAAAAGCCGUUAGACCGGGACUAGAACACGAGUUUUUUGACAUUUACGACAAAUGGUUCCCCUCAGAAGUAUGCGACUCACAUAGACCACAAUUUAUAAGCGGCAAAGGCACGGUAGAUAGUCAUUGUCUGGGGUGUAGGGCUAGGAAAAUUUAUGAAAAAAGAACACCGGGGUUGUUUAAAUUAGAAUAUGAAGGGGAUGGGAUGGUAUCUUUAUGUAGUAAGACGUACCACUGUUUUGGCGAGUUUAAUAAAACAUCAACCAAGGGAUUAUCUAAAAAUCACAACACAUUAGGCAAAGAAUCUUUCAUGCAGGUCCUCACAACAAAGGAACCAAGUGGUGGGACAAACACAGGGUUCAGAGCAUACAACACGGGAAUAUAUACUUACACCCAACACAGAAACUCACUUUCUUACUUUUACAUUAAAAGACGAGUAGACGCAGACAAUGUCACAACAUCUCCCCUAGACAUAUAAGAACCUUUAGUUUACCAACCAUGACUUUAACGAGACUUUAAUGUAAAUAUGUAAAUAAGACAGAACCAUGACGGUAUGCUGAUGGGGUUGUUUUUAUUCAAUAAAAACUUAUGAUAUAA